AUGCUGGAUGGGAAACCUGAAGCAUUGGUUGCUCUAUCGCAGCUGUCAGACCCUGUGAGGAUGGGACAAGACUUGGACCCACUACCGGUGAAACACAUUUCCAGACAGCUCACAUUUCGGAUGCGUGUCAGGGAAGAAUUUUUCUCGUGCCUUGGAGACAAGGAUGUGUGCAUCACGGAUGAAAUGUCCUACAGGCUCUUGACCAACAGUUCAGUUGUGGAGAAUACUGUCAACUUUGAAGAGCUUGAUAAUUACCUCAGUGCUUCGUACGUAGUUUGGCCUCUCCUUGUCGUUGCUAACAACAUCGAUCGUUCUGCAGUUCAGAUGAUAUGCAGUAAACAUACAGACAUACUUGUGUAUGUUUUAAGUUAUGUAAAUGACGGAUGGGAAAUUCUGUUCCUGCAUAGAGGUAGUGCGAAAAUUCGACCGUACAUUGAAGAGGAAUCGAGAAGCCAAUUGCAAACUGUGAAUGGCUUGAGAAAUCAAGAUGUCGUUGAAGGGAAACCAGGUGUAGGGAAAUCUACUAUGUUGCUGGAUAUGGCCAGCCAGCUAAAACGCCAGUAUCCUUCAUGGUGGAUCUUGAGAAUCGAUUUAUUGAAGUAUUCGAAAGUCUUUGACAGUUGUCACAGCGGAGUCGAAGCCAGUAAGAAUAUCUUGUUUGGAGUGGUGUACAACGAGGGAAACCUGGGCGUACUGGAACACUCACUUCUUCAGCACUGCCUGCUGGAGUAUCCCCGUAUCAUCUGCAUGGUGGACGGCUUCGAUGAGAUCUGCCCGGAUUACGGGGACAAGUGCUUACAGGCUCUGCAGGAGUUAGCUCCACGCCGGGGAAAGCUGCUGGUGACGACUCGACCAUCUGUGACGGGCCGCCUCGAGAGUGCCCUGGGAGUUCUGGCACACUCGCUGCCUGCAUUCAGCGAAGACCAACUUCGCGAUUUCCACGGGUGGUCCCGGUCAGAGACAGGCCUUACUAAUGUGGUUAGGGACCUGCUAAAGAUUCCUUUGCUCUCAAGAAUGUAUGCAGAAUCAUUGGAGAGUGGAAUUGUGGUACAUGACAUUGUGAGCCUGUAUGAAGCUUUUUUUGAAAGGAAAUUCAGAAGAGUGUUUGAAGAGAAGUGGUGUGAUAGUUUAUCUGAAGCUGGGAAGAAGGAAAAGGUCGAGAGGGAACGCCGAGAGCACGAGAAACAGUUGGGGUUUCUUGCGAUGUCAGACUUGCUUCCCAAUUUGGAGGUACCCCGCCCUGCACAGUUCUCUUCCACGGAUAGAGACGAGCUCGUGAAGACUGGUAUCGUUUACCAAUUCAUUGACGACAAGCCAGUUUUCGUACAUAGGACCUUUGCCGAGUACUUCUUAGCCAAGUUGUGCCUUUAUGACAAUACAGACGGCCUGCGUAAUCGUCUGUACUGCAAAGGUCUUUCUGACAGUGGGCUGGAGUUCUUUGUCGAGUCUUUCGAUCGAAUGGCGAGUAGGGGCCGACCCCUCCUGAUGGCCGUGGUGAAUGGCAGUGAGAGUGAGGUAAAAUCGCUGCUAGAAAAGGGAGCGGACCCUGCAGAGGAGGAUGUGGUGGGACGCAACUCACUGCAUCUGGUACCGGCGUACAGUCGUGACUCUUCACUGCUGCGGCUGCUUGUGGAACGACUGGAGAUGAUGGGGGUGGCAUCAGUGCCAGCAGAAGUGGCACGGGAGGCAGUGGAGGUGGAAGCAGUGUCAGAGGUGGAUGAGGCGGCGAGGUCGGUCGAGAAAGGGAGGACCGCAGGAGCCGGAUGGGAGGCGGGUGACUCGCAGUUGGCGGACGCUUCAGGGACAGGGGUUGUCGAGGAUGCGGUGUCGGUGGCGAUGGGUGCGGAGGACGGGCUGCUGCACUGGACGCCACUGCGCUACGCCGCGGAGCGCCGGCGCUGGAGGGCAGUGGCUGCGCUUCUGGAGAUGGGCGCCAAGCUGCAUCACCUGGGAGACUUCCAGCGCGGCCUGCACACACCUGAGGAGCUGUGGCGUGUUUACAAAGAAAGUGGAUACAGAGCACUGUCCGAUCACGUACUUGGCAAGACUGAGUCGGAGUGGAGUUCGGAAAUAGUUGAACAGCCAGCCGAAAACAAGAGGUGUUCAGAGAUAAAGGUUGGGCUGUCUAUCGUCUGCACGCAGAUGACCGCAAAACAGUACGAAGAGAUCGCUCUUGAAGCCGCAAGAAACUGCGAUACUCAGGUGGCGAUGCUCGUGUUACAUAAAAUGCAGUUCGAACUGCACAGGGGCUCCAGUGGAAGUGGUCAAUUGGACGAGUGUGGGCAGACGCCUCUUCACGAAGCGGGGCUCGGCAGCACUUUGUCCCAGCAGGUGACGAAAGCAGACGACGGUGUCAACCGCCGCGACGAAUUCGGCGAGACGAUGCUGCACAAGGCAGCAGCCAGAGAGGACGGCCGACGCGUGCGACAGCUGAUCGAGACUGGCGCCGACGUCCACGCACGGACCAGCCACGGUUUUACUGCGAUGCAUCUAACUGGCAGUGCCGACUGCAUAAAAUGGCUACUCCGCGCAGGCGCUGGCGUUAACGUCCGAGACGAGACAGGUAGGACGCCACUGCACUAUGCGGCUCUGAGGGGCGUCACCCAGGGUGUGAAGCUGCUGUUGGCCGCCGGUGCAGACGCGCUCGUGGAGGACUCGCGAGGUGAGACAUCGCUGCACGCCGCGGUCGCGGCGGGGAAUGCCGAGUGCGUCAGGCUGCUGGCCUCCGCGGCUGGGAACCUCGAUACGGCAGACGGUAACGGUCUCACGGCACUGCACCACGCCGCAAAGAACGGCGACGUGGAAAGUGUGAAGCACCUGCUGCGUGCCGGCGCCCACAGCAGCCCGGCGAAUGACGUCCUGGGCACACCCCUGCACUUGGCAGCACUGGCGGGUCACGCCGAGUGUGCGAGGCUGCUGCUGCAGGCGGAGGCGGACCCGGCGGCGAGGAAUGCCGCCGGCAACACCGCGCUGCAGUUCGCCAUAGCUAGCGGCAACACCGACUGUGUGCGGCACCUCCUGAAAGCGGGCACCGACAUCCAGCAGAGGGACCAGUUCGGCAACACGCCGCUGCACUGCGCGGCACUAGCGGGCACCGCGGACUGCGUGAGGCUGCUGUUGGAGGAGGGAGCCGACGUGCGCGAAUGCAACAACGACGGUCGAACUGCUGUGCAGUGCGCCGCGCUGGGGGCGAAGGACGAGAUCGUGAUGCUUCUGCUGGACGCCGGCGCAGACUUCGGGGACUGACACGCGCCGCUCCCGGCAGCAGGCCUGUGCAGUCUGCGACAGAUGUCGAACGAGUGAAUGAACGUAGUCACACAAGACUCUAUACUCGUCUUAGCCCAGUAAUUAGCCAUGCUUCCUUAAGGAAUGGCCAGUUACGGUUAAACUACUUAGUAGCAAAAUCGCUUUACAAAAUAUGGAGAAAACGAUAAUGUAGACAAUUUUAGACCUAUUUGUAGCCGCACGGGAUUAGCCGUGCAGUCUAAGGUGCUGCAGUCGUGGACUGUGCGUCUGGUCCCAGCGGAGGUUUGAGUCCUUCCUCGGGCGUGGGUGUGUGUGUUUGUCCUUAGGAUAAUAUACACUCCUGGAAAUUGAAAUAAGAACACCGUG